UCCUCCUCCUCCCUGGCCAGCCGGACACGCCUGGGCUGCUCAGCAGCUUCUGCCCCAAGUUUGAGCUUUCCCAGAAACCUUCCCUGAUUCUGACAUGAAUUCUGCUACUUGCUGAACCCCACUGCUGACCUCCAGGAGCGGCACUGGAGAGUCCCGAGGAGUCAAUGCUCAGGAGCAAACAAUCCUUGAGUUCACCAUGAACUGGCUUGCCUUUGAGGAGCUCCUAAAAGAGGUCAACAAGUACUCCACAGCUUUUGGGCGCAUCUGGCUGACUCUGGUCUUCAUCUUCCGAGUGCUGGUGUACCUGGUGACAGCUGAGCAUGUGUGGGGUGAUGACCAUAAGGAUUUCGACUGCAACACCAAACAGCCAGGUUGCACCAAUGUCUGCUUCGAUGAGUUCUUCCCUGUGUCCCAUGUGCGCCUCUGGGCGCUGCAGCUCAUCCUGGUCACGUGCCCCUCCCUGCUUGUGAUCAUGCACGUGGCCUACCGCAAGGCUCGGGAGAAGAAGUAUCAAGAGGCAGUUGGCAAAGAGGGAGGGCACCUUUAUCUGUACCCUGAGAAGAAGCGUGGUGGGCUCUGGUGGACAUACGUCUGCAGCCUGUUGUUCAAGGCCAGCGUAGACAUUGUCUUCCUCUACCUGUUCCAUUCAUUCUACCCAAAAUACACCCUCCCUUCUAUGGUUAAGUGCCACGCAGCUCCGUGUCCCAACACAGUGGACUGUUUCAUUGCCAAGCCCUCAGAGAAGAACAUCUUUACUUUCUUCAUGCUGGUCACAGCGGUCAUCUGCAUCCUGCUUAACCUCAUGGAGGUGACCUACCUGGUGAUCAAGCGGUGUUCCGAGUGCCUAGAAGUGACAAAAGCCCAUGCUGUGCACCCAGAGCAUUACCCAGACUGGGUCUCCUCUCCUGGCAAACAAAAGGACUUCCUUUCAGGCGACCUCAUCUUUCUGGGCUCAGACACUCACCCUCCUCUCUUACCAGACCGCCCCCGAGCCCACGUGAAGAAAACUGUCCUGUAAGGAGUGCCUGGACUGGCAGGGUGGGCCUAGAUUGGAAGGUUCUAGCAGCUCUCGUGUGUAUCUAGUGGGGGGAAGCGCUAAGUUACGAGGCACUGCAUUAUGAAUUGGAGGCAGGCAAAAGGGAAGAAGAAUUGGCACAGCUUGGGAUCCAAGCUCUGUUCCUCAGCCCCAGCCACCUGUGGAAUUCACCAAGAUACCCCUCUGCCCUGAACCUCAGUUUCCUUUUCUGUUAAUUGAACCACUGAGGAGCAUCUCACAGGGCUGAGAGAAGUUUCAUGGGGGAUCAGAUGGCAAGUCCUUUCCAUGUGUGUAGUCCAGGGUCAGGGCUUAAUAAAGGUGACUGUAUUCUCAGA